UCUCAUGCCUCAGGCAUAGGAUAUUUUUGCAUUACCUAAUCCCUCAUUUCGCAACCAAUCAGCGCCCAGCAAAAACCGACCUUCCAAACCUCUCCGCCGCAGCUUCAACUCAUCGUCGUCGACCUUGUACUGCCCGCACCAAAACCGCCCUCUCCUCCUCCUCCUCCGGAAUUGCAUCCCACCCUCCCCAAUUGCCAUUGACCUACCCUCUCCGGAAACACCCCAGAAACAACCGUCACCAUGGCCCGCCGCGAGUCCAGAUUCUCCCAACAGGUGCUGGUCGACACCACGCCGAUGCCCGACCACAUCCCCAAGGUGGAGGAGAUCGGCGCGACGUCCGCCCCGCUGUUCAGCGCCGCCUACUUCAUCGGCGACCGGUGCCGGGCCUACAACGACGACUUCAUGAAGUGCAAGGCCGAGGCCAACGGCCGCGGCGAGCUGGAGUGUCUCAAGGAAGGGCGGAAGGUGACGCGCUGCGCCGCGAGUGUGAUCAAGGACAUUAACACCCACUGCCUCAAGCAAUUCACCGCCCACUGGGAAUGUCUCGAGCAGAACAACCACCGUCUCUUCGACUGCCGUAAGGCCGAGGUGAACUUGAACGCCUGCGUGUUCGACAAGUUGGGCCUCAAGAAAACCAUCCCCGGUGCCCCCGAAGAUCAAACCCCCGUGCACCUGCGCCCACAACAGAUCUUCUCCCGCUAUCCCGGCCGGCAGUGGCAAGCGAACGAGGAUGGGACGCCCAUUCUCGACAAGAACUAAAGCAGGGGUUCAAGUUUCGACGUCUAAUUUCCUUUUUUCUAUGGCCGUGCGGUCUUGUUUUUCCCAGUUUCUUUGGUCUAUGUUUCGAGGUGUUUCCGCCCAUUGGUUUCCGAUCGAAAUGGCUCUCGUGUGUGUAUGUGUGUGUGUGUAUAUAUAUUAGCAUCAGGAAUAUUCAUUUGGUAUCAGAAGA